CGGAAGUGUUCGUGGGGAGCCCGAUGUGUGCGAUUCCCCCACUACAGAGCCCCGGUCUGAGAGGAGGGGUUGGGAAAGCGCCAUGGCUGCGUCGCGGAUCGCCGUGGUGAAUAAGGCAGGGAGCUUGAAACUAAUGUGGUUUCUUAGUUUAAAAAACGUGUAUCUUUUCAUAGAAAUGAUAAAAUGAAAAAUCUGUUUGAAAUAGACGCCAGUGUCUACUUAUUUACUGCAGUGACUAACAUAACCUCACGUCGGUAGUAAAAGUUUUUAAAGCGUAACGGAUUGUAUCCAACUAAAGCUCAAUUCAAGGUUGGACUCAUUUGAAUUAAUGAAUAUGACUCGCUUGCGGCUGUUAAUUUCAGUGGUUCUACUCUUUCAGUGGAGCUGAGUUGGGUGCAACUCAACGCUUCGGCUUCUGCCACAAAAGGCAGAAUGUUAUGCUUAAAGAUAUUUCUGCUGCAUUAAAAUAACAAGGCAUUCUUUGCCACCUUAAAGACUAACAAACGUUGUUGUUGCAAAACCACCUAUUAGAGUGGACUUGUAGUCCAUGAAGAUUAUGGCAGAAUAUAUAUGUGUGUGUGUGUGUGUGUGUGUGUGUGUGUGUGUGUGUGUUAGGAUUUUAUCCAGUGCUAUCUCUACACAGAGCAGACCCACUGAAAUGAAUAGACAUAACCAAUUCAAGCCCCUUAGUUUUACUGGGCCCACUCAGAACAAGAUAUGGAUACAGUCCUUUGCUUUUAAAGUAGCAUGAUACUCAUGGACUAAUAUGACUGUUCCUGUGGAAUAUUUUAUGUUAGUCACUGUAAUAAAUAUAUUACCAAACAGUAUAAUCCUUAACCAUGUCAGCUCAGAAGAAAGUCCUAUUCAGUUCAGUAGGGCUAACUCCCACAGAGGUGGGCUUAGGGUUUUAGCCUUAAUGAUUAACAGUAUGCUGGGAUUCAAAACAAAAUUGUCUCAUGUACUGCUUGAUGGGGUGGGGGCUGUCAGAUGUGGGCAGAUGUCAUGAGUCAGGAGUAUAGGGGGAGCUGGUUGCUGCCUUUUGGCCCUAUUCCUUUUCAGCCUCCUUUUCUGCCUCAGUCUGGACUGCUCUCUGCCCCAAGUCUCUUCCUGCUCACUAAAGCCUGUUGCCUCUUCUCCCUCUGACCAUGCAUCACUGUCCCCCUGGCUCUGAACCUUCUUCCCCAGUUCUCUGCAUCAAACCAGCCUAUGACAGCAUGUGGGGGGAAACCCACAUUUGCUCUCUUACUUCUCCAUGUAGGCUACUGCUGAGUUUCCUUCUUGCAGGGUUCAAAAACAAAGGCUUCAGAUGAAGGGGAUGCUCCUCCAGCCAAGAAAGCCCCGAUUUUCUAUGGGAGCUUGGAGGAGAAAGAGCGAGAGCGUCUUCUCAAAGGGGAAUCUGGGAUGAUGGGCAAAGAUGCGGUCAAAGCAGCUAUUGAGGCUGGCAACAUCAAUAUCACCAGUGGUAAGAGAUGGUAAUGAGCUGACUGGGAGAUGGAAGGAAAAGGAUGGAGGGAAGAACUGCUAAGUGGGGCUGAUAAUUUGUUUAGAAUGCUUGUAAGCAGGUCGUUUUCAGCAAAUGCUCUCAGAGCUCACAGUUCAAUACUAAAAUUACAAUUAAAUCAGGAAGUCCUUUAAAACAAAUCACACUAAAACAUUACACAGCAUAAUGGAGAUUAAACGAGAUGCUGACAUAAAACCACGUGCUGCAGUAGAACAUCUUAAAAGUCUGUGCAAGCAAAGAAGGCAUUCACCUGGUGCUGACAGAAUGCCACAACUAAGAAGCCUGUGUCAUUGUCCACCAUACUUCCAAGGGUGGUAGGACCUAGAAUAGAUAUUAAUGUUUGGGUGGGUUCAUGACAGGUAAUCUGUCAACUAGCCUGGCCCCGACCCAUCUGGGGCUUUGUAGGUCAAAAUCUGCACUUUGGCUUGAGCUUGGCAAUGAACUUUAAUCCAGUGUAUCUCUUUAGGACAGGCAAAAUAGGUUCCACAUGACCAGUCCCAUUUAUUUGCUUUAACUGUAGUUUCCAAGCAAUCUUCAAAGACAGCCCCAAGUACAGUGCAUUAUAGUAAUGAGUCCAUGGAUAAAUGUGACCAGGCUAUCUUUAUCCCAGGGAUGCUAUCUAUUAUACAUACAGUGGUACCUCUGAUUACAAACUUAACCUGUUCCGGAGGUCCGUUAGUAACCGGAAACCGCUCGUAACAUGAGGCGCGCUUCCGCUAAUGGCGCCUCCCGCUGCUGCCGCACCACCAGAGCGUGAUUUCUGCUCGCAUCCUGGGGCAAAGUUCGCAGCGAGGGGCAUCUACUUACGGGUUAGUGGAGUGCGUAACCCAAAGAAUUUGUAAGGGGGACGGUUCGCAACACAAGGUACCACUGUAGUUCUUUACAGGAGAAAGCAAGCAAGAGACAAAUCCCUGCCCUGAGGUCUUUAUAAUCUAAGUCUAGAUAGGUGUGGCAAGGAGCAAAACACUAGAUGAGAAGGAGUGUCACAGGUGGCAGCAGAUCAAUGUGGGUACACUCUGCUUAGGUUUCAUUUCAGGGGAGGAAAUGGUUGUUGGCUAGCUGCUGCCCAUCUACGGGUCCUUUUUGUUCCCUCUGGAUAUAAAAAUGUGUACUGCCAGUGGCCAUAAGAGAUUGUGCUCUCUUAACCCCCCCCCCCAAGCAAUACCUUAAUUACAUUGUGCCUUUGUAUGAAUUUUGAUUUUAAGCCAUUUGGGGAGCCACUUUUGGCUGAAAAGAGGGGUGUAGAUCAAAGUCUUAAGCCACAGGCCUCACUGAUAACAUAAGCUUUGACCUGGACACUCAAGGAGCACAGAGAGGUGACACAACAUAUACCACAUAUUGUUGCUCCUUGCUUGUGGCUUCAUUGGAAUGAAGCAAACUUACGAAAUGAGGGUCAAGUGUUGAGGCUUUGUAGGGUCCUGUUGGGGUUGUAUUUCCUAUAACUUUUGGCUUUCUACUAUGAUCAGGAGAAGUUUUUGACUUGGAAGAGCACAUCAGCGAGCGCCAGGCAGAGGUCCUGGCAGAGUUUGAGCGCCGGAAGCGGGCCAGGCAAAUCAAUGUUUCCACAGAUGACUCUGAGGUCAAGGCCUGCUUACGAGCCCUCGGGGAGCCCAUCACACUUUUUGGAGAGGGCCCUGCAGAAAGGAGGGAGAGGUGAGAGAGGAUGAAAUUGACUUGCUCUCACUUCCUUUUCCAGUUCAUUGAUGUGACUCAUAUAAACAAAGGCAAUUUAAUCUUUACUUUAUUUCUCAACAGGCUACGUAAUAUUCUGUCUGUGGUUGGCACGGAUGCAUUGAAGAAGACCAAAAAAGAUGAUGAGAAGUCCAAGAAAUCAAAAGAGGAGGUAAUAAAUUUUAAAGUGUGUUAUGAGUGACAGCAGCUCUGGGGUUUCAAAUGGGAGUCUUCACAAACCCGAGGACCUUUUGUAUGCACAGCUCACACUUUCCCACUGGGCUCUGACUUUUCCCCUUUCCCCUUAGCUAUAAAUGUGUGCCCACUAUACUAGCCAAGUCUCACAAGAGAUUCCCACCCCUUUAAUGUUUCCUUUGUCUUAGUAUCAGCAAACCUGGUACCACGAAGGACCAAAUACUUUGAAGACAGCCAGACUGUGGAUCGCCAACUACUCUCUCCCUCGGUAAGGGGCUGGGAUUGAGAAAUGCUAAUGCAUACAUUGAUGAGGCCUUGUAUAUCUGUUGUCCCUAACUAGAGUGGUGGUGAUGGUUGAGAAAUGGGGGAUUUCUAACCCACCCACCUUCUGCACAUGACAGAAGAAUUGUCACCAUCACAACUUGCAGGCUUCUGCAAGGGUUGAAUAUGGGCAAGACCUGAUUACAUUGAUUUUUGUCCCCUUCACAGGGCAAUGAAGCGAUUGGAGGAAGCCCGGCUGCUCAAGGAGGUCCCUGAGGCCACACGGACAUCCCAGAAACAGGAGCUGCACAAAUCUCUAAGGGUAAGUGGGACCCAUCUCUGCUAUGACUUAAAAGUUCUGGGCACUGGGCUGCUGCAGCUCAGAAGGCCCCCGAGAUGCAGAGGUUCAAAUGAACUUGCAGAAGGCUUCUGUGCCUCUGCUCCUCCUCAGCAUAGUUCAAUGGUAAAUGCUUUUAAUGUGGAUGAUCCCAGGUUGAUUCCCUGGCAUCUCCAUCUCCAAGGACACCUGGACAAGGAAAGAUUUCUGCUGGUUGCUUGGAAUUCAGCUGCCAGUUCAGAGCACGUAACAUUGCACUAAAUGGGCCCAACAAUUCAGCUCAGUAGAAAACACCACUGGGGGUGAGGUGGGGGAGCAGCCUGGGCAGGAAACGUCUCUUUUCUUUACCAUCUCAGGGCCGUCUCAUUUUAGUGAGCCCGUCAGUUCCUCUGGUGGCAAAAUAUUACCUUUUGUUUUUUGUUUUUCUUUCAGUCUUUGAAUAAUUUCUGCAGCCAAAUUGGGGACGACCGCCCUAUCUCCUAUUGCAACUUCAGCCCCAACUCCAAGCUCCUGGCUACAGCUUGCUGGUAAACUUUAUUCUGCUUUUCAUUAUUUCCCUCCCAAUCCUGCUAAGUUCUCCUGUAGUGCACAGGAGAGGCUGCCUGAGCCGUUGAGGGCAGUCAUAGACUCAUAAAAUUGUAGCGCUGGAAGGGAUCCCGAAAGUAAUAUUGUUCAAGGCCGGCAAUUAGCAAGCUCUGGAAGGCUAUUGUGGGAGUAUUUAGAAAGUGAUAGUGCUGUGGGUGCAUUUAAUCAUUUUGUUGAAGGUUGUUUUUAGACUUGCUAUCUUCUGUUUUGUUUUUAGACUUGUUAUCUUGCAACUGGCGCGUGUGUUGCUAUUGAAUUUUGCUUGGUGUUUAUAUGUUUUUGAUUUUUUUUUUUUACUCUUAGUUUCCUUGAUUGGUUUUGUUUGGUUGGUUUUGUUUGUAAAACAGAAAGACAAGGGAUUGAAAACAUUUUAAGAUAAAAUAAAAUGCCAAUCAGUUUUCCUUCUGCCUUUCCUCUCCCAGGAGCGGCCUCUGUAAGCUGUGGUCAGUGCCGGAUUGUAAUCUCAUUCACACUUUGCGAGGUAUCGUAUCUGUUUCCCACCGCACCCAUUGCCAAAGCAACCUUCUUUUCUCUUAUCUUCCCUCAAAUGACUGGAGCAAUUAUAUGGCUGAUUAGGAGCAUAAGGCUACAUGGGUGGGAGGCUAUGAAUUUUGAGAGUGGUGCUGUGCAAACCUCUUCUUCUUCUCUUUUUCCACCUUGGGCUUGGGUGAGAUGGCAUUCCUUUCUCGAAGACAGCCUGGACUCUAAGAAUCAGUGUUGGGAGUCAUAUCCUGUAGGCCCACUGCUUAGCUGCUGACUAAUUCAGGGCUUGGGAACGUCAGGCCCGUGAGCCACAUGUGGCCCUCACAGCCUCUCUGGCCCUUGGGACUCUCUUCAACUGCACCAACCCUGCUUGGCACCCUCCUUUAGUGUUUUUACUUGGGUGGAAUGUGUCUUUGAAUUCUGAUCAGGCCUGGAAGGAGACUAGAAACGGGAGUGUGAAGGCAGGUAGCCUACUGUACAAAGGGAAAAGCUGCAUUUGUUGCUCCAUCUUCUUUUGCUUUUGGCCCCUCCCACUAUUGGCAUGCAGCCAUCCUCCAUUUAGGCCAGCCAGAGUCAUUUUCAGAAUUCAAGGAUGCAGUCCAGGCUAGCAGAAGACACUCAAGAAGGGCGUGAAGCAGAGACAGUGAAGUGUGUGGCCUGAGGGGAAGGAGUGAAUUAGUGUGGGGAGAGUGCCAAGGGACCAAAGUGGAAGGUCUUGAGAGCCACGUUUGGCUUACAGGGCCAAGCUUCCCCACCCCUGCUUUAGCACAAAAACUAAAUUUGGAGUGAUUCCCAAAGAGUCUCUUCGGAGCAAUAGGAAGAGGCCCAGACAGAGGAAGCAAGCUUUAAAUUGGCUGGCUCUCAAACUGUCUGUCUGUCUUGUCUGUUCCCAAGGGCACAACACCAACGUUGGAGCCAUUGUCUUUCACCCCAAGGCAACCAUCUCCCUGGACAAGAAGGAUGUUAACCUGGCUUCAUGCGCAGCGGAUGGCUCUGUCAAACUCUGGAGUCUUGAAAGGUACGCCUUCCCUUCCUUAAUUUAUUGGCUGCUGCGGGUGGUAGAGAAAAAUAUUAAAGCAGCCCAGAGAAUGGCUUCCUGUUUAACUUCCUUCUGCAACAAACAAAAAGCUAACACAAGUGACUGAGGCAGGGGCAUGACCACACCAUACCACACCAUAAAGCACGUGGCUCCCCCCCAAAGAAUCCUGGGAGCUGUAGUUUGUUACAAGUGCUGGGAAUUAUAGUCCUGUGUGGGUGAACUAUAGUUCCCAGAGUUAUUUUGCCAUGGGUGCUUUUUGGGGCCUGAUCCAGCAGUGCUCCUCUCUCCUUAUAAUGAGGCUUCUUUUCUGUGUUACUGUUUCUAAAGCUUUAUAGAGACACGAGUUUGCUUGGCUUAUUGGUUGUGCCCCCGGCCCAAACUGUGUGGUGGUGGUGGUGGGGUUUCCCACUUCUCCCCCAUGUCAUACUUGUCUUACAUUUUACACCUCUUGUCUUGCUAUGUCCCCUGUUAGUAGCACCACAAGCUGGGUUUGUUCCAACAGUCAAGGCACUGUGACUCUUGGGGAAGGCCGUUGAUUUUGUCAGUGCCUUAUCCAAGGAAACAGAGAGAGACAGCAGAUUCUUUAAUUGGGCCUCAGGGAAGAGGUUUAUUUCUGCCAGAUACUGUUGCUGUGGGCAGAAGCAUCAGUGGCGGUAAAUUCACACUCCUUCUGUCAGUCUUGGGUGCCUGUGAGGUCAUAGAAUCAUAUAAUUGUCAAGUUGGAGGGGACCACGAGGGUCAUUGAAUCCAACCCCCUGCAGUGCAGGAAUCUUUUGCUCAAACUCACAUUUAGUGAUAGAUUUUCUCCCACCUGUUGAACUCGAGACCCUCUUUUGCAACAGUGAGGGACCUGUGGCCCAUGGGCCUGACUGGGCCUGGCAGGGAACCUGAUAUGGCCCAUAGGGCCAUUUUUGCCAAGCCGCACCUGCCCCACCCCUGACAUCUUGUAUAAUAUGGGGCAGGUAAAGACACGGCCACAAAAGGGACAAGUUUUAAAAUGUGUUGUUCUGGGACCACUCUGUGGCUUGUUAUAUUGAUGUCAAAUUCAAACCCCACUGGGUUAGGCUUCCUUCUGGAGUUCCCUGAGUUCCUUCACCUUUUAUUUAAGAAAGUCAGGGUUGCGUGUUUAGGACUGGAUCAUUCCAGCAGCAAGGGGGCUCAAUCAAACUGAAGAUAGCAGCUACAGUAAGUGGAGCUGGUCUAGUAACUCUGAUACUUGAGGAAGUAUUAAGAUUCCCCCCUGCCAAUGAGGUCACUGUUUCACUAUCCGGUCGCUUUCUUUUGGAACACAGGAUUGUAGACCCAUUGAAAUGCAUGGACAUGGUUAACCUAGGUUCAGUAAUUUCACUGGGUCUGCUCUGAAAUGAACUUAAUUGAAUACAACCCCAUAGGAAGCUGCUUUAUAGCAAGCCAGACUAAUUGCCUCUCAAGACCACUGUUGUCUGCUCUGACAGGCAGUGGCUCUCCACAGUUUCAAGUGGGAGGAUUUCCCAGGUGUACUUUGAGACCCCAGGAAUUGAAUCUGGGAUUCUUUUGCCUGCAGAGUUUGUCUACCACUGAGCCACAACUGCUCUGCUUGAGCAGUCAGGGUUUUCCCUUCUGUUUUGACCGCCCUUUGAUCCCCCUGGUUGAAUUUCAGUGUAUAUCAUUUUAACGGUUUUCCAAAUCCAAUAUUCUUAUAAAAUUAACUUAAUCACUUAGCAUCUUUCUUUCUUCCCAGUUCGGCAUUAAACAUAUUGAUUCAUCACAUUACAAAUUUAAAUCCUAAGCCUAUCUGAUAUUUGCAAGUUUUUCCAAUUAAGUUAACUUAACAUAUUUAACUAAAUAGUCUUUAAAUUUCGUCCAUUCCUCCUGGUAAUCCUCCUCCUUCUGGUCACGGACUCUUCCAGUCAGGUCUGCUAGCUCUGAAAAGUCCAUCAUCUUCAUCUGCCAAUCUUCCACUGUUGGUACUUCUUGUGUUUUCCAAACUGCCUCUUUAUUUUAGUCUCACUUAUGGGACAGCCAGCACCAUCAAGAAUUUGCCAUGAGAUGUUGUGUUUCUUUCAGUGAUGAACCAGUGGCUGACAUCGAGGGACACACAGUGAGAGUAGCCCGGGUGGCAUGGCAUCCCUCUGGCAGGUUUCUGGGCACCACCUGGUAAGUCAGAGGCGGGGGUGCAGCCCAAAGGGCCACACGUGGCACCUGGUCUAAUUUCUUGUGGGUAGCAAGGAGGAGAAUAAAUAGGGAAAUGAUGUGAUGGAGAGGGAGGAAGAGCAGAGAGCGGCAGAAAGGAAGAAAAGGGAGUGCCUUCCAUUGUUAGUAGUCUCGCCACCACUGGCAAUGCCACCGCCAUUGGUUACCUUCGAAAGAAUUCUGCCUUUGAUAGAAAAAUAGUUGUUAUCAUCCCCUUGUGAUAUGUUACUUCUUUCCACUCAGCCCAUCACUCAUUACACAAGAUGGAAAGUGAGAGGUCAGAAUGGGAGGGAGCUGCAGUUGAAGAUCCCAAUACUUCCUCAGUGAGAUUGGCAACUGAGCAGGGAAUUGAAUUAUGUGUCCUAAAUGCUACACAUAUCCCUGUAUCAGUUGGCUGAUCGUCUAAGUUUGUGGGGGCCAGGGGCAGAUUAGAUUAAUUCCAUGGUCUCAGCUUGGAGUGGAGAUAGGAUAGACAAUCCAGCCACCUGCUUGAACUUCAGGGAGGGGACCUGUUGGGGCCUUGUGAGAUAUUCACGUGGGUCUUUGUUUCUUCUCCACCUCCCCACCCCCUGCAGCUAUGACCACUCUUGGCGUCUGUGGGACCUGGAGGCUCAGGAGGAGAUCUUGCACCAGGAGGGGCACAGCAAAGGAGUUUACGACAUCGCCUUCCAUGUUGACGGCUCCCUUUCUGCCACUGGGUAAAUCUACAUGCAAGUGCAAGUCCUAACCCUCCUUGGGGGUGUCACUGAGCGAGUAUCAGCCAGUCAGUAAUGGUGCUCAUUCUUGCUAGUUCUAAAACGCCAGAAAAGAGAGAGAACUGGUUGGGAUUCUACCUUCAGAAGAUUCCACUCAAGUCUUCACUCCUGCAGCUAAAAAGUCACAGGGUGGAAAUUCUAAUGAGGGAGGGGCCAUAGCUUCAAUAAGAGUGUCUGCUCUGCGUAGAGAAAGUCACAGCUUCAAUCCCCAAUAGUUAUCUCCCUGUCUACAAUCCUGGAGAGCAGCUGCCAGUCAGUGUAGACACUACUGAAUUAGAUGGACCAAUGUUUUGACUCAUUUCAAGGAAACUUCCUUUGUUCCUAAUAGCUUGACUGUAUUCCUGAGUUUAUACUACUCAUUAAAAUAAAAGUUUCAACUGUUUAGGGUAAUAUUAACAUUUGCCCCAUCAUUGUUCCAAAUCUGCAAAUUCUGAUCUGGGCAGCUCUUGCUGUAGCUUGUUUGUAAUUGAGUCGAUCCUUCAUUGCCCUAUAACUAUGCUUUGGAACUCCCUGCCUAUUGACAUUAAGCAAGCUACAGUGGUACCUCUGGUUACGUACUUAAUUCGUUCCGGAGGUCCGUUCUUAACCUGAAACUGUUCUUAACCUGAAGCACCACUUUAGCUAAUGGGGCCUCCCGCUGCCGCCGCGCCGCUGCCGCACAAUUUCUGUUCUCAUCCUGAAGCAAAGUUCUUAACCUGAGGUACUAUUUCUGGGUUAGCGGAGUCUGUAACCUGAAGCGUAUGUAACCUGAAGCAUAUGUAACCUGAGGUACCACUGUUUAUAGUUCUAGGCGCCUGCUGGAUCCUUUUUUUUUUUUUUUUUUUUUUUGACAAGCCUACCCAGGUGCAUAAUUUAGUUACUUUGUUUUUAAAGUUCUACUUAUUUUUAUGCGUGUUUAUAAUGCCAAUGGCUUUUAUGUAUAUUUUUUCUUUUUAAUUGUUUUGCAGAUUUUAGCUAUGUUUCACCUACAGUUUUCGUACUCCUCUUAGAUAACUUUUUGAUUUAAGUGCAUUAUAAAUAUUCUAAAUCUAUACAAACAAAGUGUGCUAAUUAGACUUUGCUACAUGUGAUUUGCCAGGUAGGUCAGAUCUGGGUUCUGCUUGCAGAACCUUGGAUCUGCAGACAGGAGGUGGUAGUAACAUGGGAGGCAAUCCGAGCUGCAUUGCAGAAAGGCUUUGCUCCAGUUUAACAACUGUGGUUCACAGAAGCUCCUUUGGCUCCUGUUUAGUGAUGUUAAGAGGCAUCUAGCCUAGGUGACAACUAAAGAGGAAAGAAGAUCCGAAGAUGGCUUUAAGUGAAGCCACUUAUUCAAAGUGGAAGCACGGGAAGGGGUUUGUGUGAGAAAAAUAUUGUUUGACAUUUUCCUCUUCCUUUCAGUGGCCUUGAUGCAUUUGGCCGCGUGUGGGAUCUGCGCACGGGGCGUUGUAUCAUGUUUUUGGAGGGUCAUCUCAAGGAGAUCUAUGGGAUCAACUUUUCCCCUAAUGGGUAAGAACCAAUUUGCCAUCCCCUCUUGGGGUGCAGGUCUUAAUAUUGACACACAGACAACUAACUUCUGCUCGGAGUAGAUUAAUUGAAAUUAAUGGAACUAAUUUCGUCUGCGUGCACACUAUACAUUCAAAGCACAUUUCCCACCCCAAAUCAUCCUGGGAACUUUAGUUUUCCCCUCACAGAGCUUAUAAUUCCCUAUACCCUUAGUAAACUACAGUUUCCAGGAUUCUUUGGCAAAAGCCAUGUGCUUUAAAUGUGUGAUGGGUGCAUAGCCUUCCCCCCUCCCUCAAUAUGUUUUAUUAAAGCUUUUUCAUAAUCAUGUAGGAUUAUGAAUAGGGCUGAAGCUGGGAACAACCCCCUUGCACGCAAACCCAAAUUCCUCCUCUCCCGUACUUCUCAUAGGUACCACAUUGCCACUGGCAGCGGUGACAACACCUGUAAAGUGUGGGAUCUCCGCCAGAGAAAGUGCAUCUACACCAUCCCUGCCCAUCAGAACCUGGUUACCGGAGUGAAGUUUGAACGUAAGUCUCUGCAGCUGCUAUGGCCUUUCCCCAGAAACUGAGGAUAUAUAAUGGGCUGAAAAGUACCUUGUCUAUGGUUUCCAAGUGCAACAUAGAUUCCCAAGACAUGGAUAUAUACCGCUCCCCAUCCUCCCCAAAUACACUGGCUCUUGAGAAUAGCCUGUAUGCUCUGUCACUUGCCCUCCCUCUUCCUGCAUCCCCCGUUCCCUGCUUAUGGUUGGCUUCUGGGUAAGGUUUUGGGGAAACUCGUAGCACUCUGGAAGUAGUUGGACUCCCAACUCCAUUAGCCCCAGCCAGCAUAGCUAAUGGUCAUGGACGAUGGGAGUUGUAGUUCCUCACCCCUGCUGUAAGUGGUGAAUCUCUAUAUUGUCUCCUUAGUCCUUCUCCUCACUUCCUGUUAUUUUUCUCUUUCCCGCCACCCAGCAAAUCAUGGCAACUUCCUGCUUACUGGAGCUUACGACAACACAGCCAAGGUCUGGACGCACCCAGGCUCAUCCCCGCUGAAAACCUUGGCAGGACACGAGGGCAAAGUCAUGGGCUUGGACAUCUCCCUGGACGGACAGCUGAUCGCCACAUGCUCUUAUGACAGGACUUUCAAGCUUUGGAUGGCAGAGUAGGGGGAAGGAGCAUUUCUGCCGGAUCCACAGCCAAGGAAGGCAGCCUGCUGUGACUCCCUGGGCCUCCGCCACAGAUCAGGGCAUGGCUUGAUGCGCUUCUGGGAUACUGCCUCCUCCUCACACCUGCACACCCUCUGGUCAGGCCAAGCUGAGUUUGAGAACGCCUUUCCUAUUGCAUUUUGCUGUAGUUGUGUACUCUCCCCUCCCUUCCCUGUGGAACAGGCUUGCAUUGAUCUAACACCACCAACCUUUAGGAAUACCCAUGGUGCUAACAGAGCUGGUAGGGUGGGUUGUUCUGGUUGUUAUUUGGGAGUGGGGUCACAGCUUCUUCUCACUCGGACAGAGACUUUUCUUGAAAAACGACACCCUAACAUUAAAGCAGAGUGGCUGCUUGAAAAUGGUGAA